AUGGCGUCAUCGAAGGAAACUUAUUGUUUGUGUGGUCAACCAUAUAAUAUUGGACAGUUUAUGAUAGAAUGUGACUGCUGCCGUGAAUGGUUUCAUGGCAGCUGUGUGGAUGUUAAGAUAUACCACUCUGAUGACAUUGAUAAGUAUCAUUGCCCUAAAUGUGCACAGACAUAUGGACCUUCUGUAUUAAAAAUUCCAACGAAUAACCACAGAGCUGAUCGGUAUGAGAUCGGAGCGGAGAGUCACCCAUCUCAAGUUGGGACACCAGCCUGGGUCCGGGCUUUGUCCGCGCGACCUUUACGUCCGUCACAAGCUGCUUUACAACGACUCCGAUCACAUCAGUUCACUGAGGAGUUUAUCAGAGACGACGGAUUUACCAAACCGGUCAUAUUUAGUACUCCCGAGGGAUUGGACUUGAAGGUUCCCAACCCAGCUACGUUUACCGUGAGAUCUGUGCUUCGAUUCUGUGGUGCACAAUUAGAGGUUGAGGUGAUAGAUGUACGCAAACAGUCCACAUUACGGAUGCCCUUGGGUGAUUUCGUCGAUUACUUCGAGACCCCACCAGAACACCGCGACGACAAAGCUCUCAAUGUCCUCAGUUUGGAGUUCUCAGACACCAACCUGGCGCCGCUGGUGGAGCCCCCGGGGCUGGCGCGGCGGCUGGACUGGGCGGAGCGCGCGUGGCCCGAGGCGGCCGGGGAGCGCCCGCGCCCCGCCGUGCAGAAGUACUGCCUCAUGUCCGCGGCCGGCUCCUACACGGACUUCCACGUUGACUUCGGCGGCACCACCGUCUGGUACCACGUGCUGCACGGCCGGAAGAUAUUCUACUUGGUACCUCCGACGGCCACCAAUCUUGCCUUAUACCAGCAGUGGAGCGCCGCCAACAACCAAAAUGAGCGGUUCUUUGGAGAUAUGGUGGAGUGGUACGGCACGGCGGAACUGCUGGCUGGACAGACGCUGUUCAUACCCUCAGGGUGGAUCCACGCGGUGCUCACGCCGUGCGACUCGCUGGUGUUUGGCGGGAACUUCCUACACUCGUAUGCCAUAGAAAUGCAGCUGCAGGUGUACGAGAUCGAGCGGCGCGUGGAGACGCCUACGAUGUUCCGGUACCCGCUGUUCGAGGCCAUGCACUGGUACGCCGGCGCACAUCUUCUCACCAUGCUGCGGCGGCACAAUGAGGAGACACAGGAUGAAGAUUUUACGCUAAGCGAGAGUGUGAUACAGCCAGCGCCGUUACAGAUUCCACCGUUGUUAUUGCGCGGAGUGAAAUUGUUAGCAAAUGCAUUAAAGGAGUGGCAUGCGUUAAAAAGCACGGACACGGCGAAACGCGACAACGUACCCAAAUGUCUGAACUCAGGGCAGCUGGUCCGUGAACUGUGCAAGGAGCUCCGCACAUUGGAAAAGAGAUCUCUUAGCGCCGCUAAUAAAGAUAAAGAUGUCAAAGUGAAGAAUCACACAUCACCGAAGAAAUCUCACUCGAAUAAGCAACAGAGUUCAUCAAAAAAAUCACUCAAACUCACACUUCCCAAACCUAUAAUGCAUAUGGCGCAUAAUGGAGAGUUCCCUGAUGAUAAAGUGUACCCAGAGAAAUUCGAUGUAUACAACGACAGUAGGUUUGUCCCGCAAGAUGUUAAGUACACAAAUGGCUUGCCCGAGAAGUAUGUGGUUGAAGGGAAAGAGGUGGUGUUGACAGAGAAAUUCCAGUUUCAAAACUACGGGGAGCAAGGUUAUCAAGAUGCAAACGGUUAUGUUGAGAGGCAAGAUAAAAAGAAUAUUCUGAAGAUCAAGUUAAAUAAUUCCCCCUCAUCAUCACGAGAAGAGCCUCCACCUUACAGUGUGCCCGAGCAUUCCAUCCUCAAAUCCCACCUCAUCAGGGCUGACCGGCCCACUCUGAAACCCAUCCAUCAAUGGACAAUAUCCAAGAAGGAUAUCGGUGAUUACCAUGAGGAGCAGAUAUUGUUCACAAACGAAAAUCUACAGGCCAAUAUGAGGAUAGAAGGACAGGAGUUGAAUUAUGGACCUGGUAUGUAUUCAGCAGAGGAUGUGCAGCAAGACUAUCAGUAUUCAGAAGCAGCGAAGCCUGGUUCGUACCAACCCGACUACGGGUACCAACCAGCAGACGUCUCCUACGUAGACUCCUAUCAGCGGUAUGAAGAGGCCCAACUACCGCAGACCGUACAUCAGCAGACGGCAAGUUAUAGCAAUGUGCCUGUCCAAGAUAUGAACGGCAGUUAUCACAACCAGCUGCCGUCGUACGACGCCGCCAUUGCUCAGCAGUACGCCAACAAUAAUUAUGUGAGUAGUGCGGGGGCCGCGGCCGGCGUGCGGCGCUCCGAGAGACCGGCGCGGCGCCGCGUGUCGGCCACCUACGACUACGAGGACGGCGACCUGUACAUCGACGACGCGCCGCCGCCGCGCCGCCGCCGCCCGCCGCGCGCGCCGCGCCGCCCGCACGUGCCCCACGCCGCCGGUGAGUCAACACCGAACAGUUACCGCAGUACACCCGGCGCGAGUAGUGCAGCGGCGACUCGGGCGCCGGCCAACGGGAUCGAGUCCCUCAUACAAGCGUCCGUGCUCGCCGAGGAAGACCCUCCUAGCGCUACUGAGGAUGCCGCUGUAGCUGGUAUGCUCAGCAUCAGUGAACGGUACACCGCUCCGCAGCGGACCUUCGGCCUCGCAGCAGAAACACACCAGACCAACAGCACGCCUGACAGUAGUGGCAGUUGCAGUGGCACGGGAAGGUCUCGAUCUCGGAAGGCAGCCGCGAGUAGUGCCGACGAGGACUUUGCUGAUGAGGACGUCAUCAAGGAGGUCCACAGGGACGAGGAGUAUGUGUACCCGUCACUGGAGGCGUCGUCAGACGAAGAGGACGAGUGGCCGCAGCGGCGUCGGUCCCGCCUCCCACAGCCCGCCAGAGACAAGGACGAGUCGUGGUCUCCGCGCGCCCGGCUCGGCCGCGUGGCGCCGCGACUGCGGGGCCCCGCGCGGGCCGGGGUGCGCAGGGAGUGCGUGCGGGCCGCCCUGCACGCCGCCGCCGCCCACCCCGCGCCGCACCCCGCGCCGCACCCCCAAAACGCGAAACGUGCGGUGCUGGCCACAAAGAGCAGACGGCCUCCGCCGCCUGUGCAAAAUACGCCAAACAAAAAUUUAAGACUGAAAAAGGGCAUGAAGACAGCUAAGCAGCGUCUCGGCAAAAUCCUCAAAAUACACAAGAUGGUAUAUUAAAUAAACAUAGCUUACGUACGUAGAUGUAUAUUUUAUAUAUAUAUAGCACGGACCAAUAUGUGUUGUGGAUAUGUCGGUCUAUCGUUUGUACGGUCGGAUUUAUAAAUUAUAUAUUUUGUACCUUAUUUUGAAUAUUAUUAGAGUUUAAUUUGGGGCCGUUGAUGUAUUACG